CCGGCCUCCGCGGCCUCUGAUUGGCCCGCAGCUGCAGCUCCGGGGACGGACAACAAGUCUCCGCUCCGUGCGCACCGUGGAAAAGUCACUUUGCGGACGAAGCGGACCAAACACACUGGACUGGAGUUGUACUAAAUGAGUUUCUGGGAUUUUGUGAUUGGUGGAGGAGUCCAGUUUUAUCACGGCAGCCUCGAGUGUGUUAUUUUAUCUCAGAGACGAGGGCGCGCUGGUCCCGUUAGAGGUCGGUGAAAAGUCGACCACUGACACUUUUGAUUCAUGGACUCAACACGGACUCUAGCUGAGAAGACUUCUGUCAAGAGGCUGCUAUAAGGUUGACUUCAUUCAUUGAACACCCAGAUUCAGAGGAACAUGAAGAUGGACAGUGUGGGCAUCCUGAAGAUUGUGCUGCUCGUCUUCCUGGCUGUUUUGCUGACCGACUGUGCAAGAGGACCUCCACGGGUGUCUGAGAAGGUUGUUCACAGACAGUCCGCCCGGCUCGGGAGUGCCAUUAAGCUGCCGUGUCCAGUAGAAGGAGACCCUCCACCCCUCAUUAUGUGGACCAAAGAUGGGCGCAACAUCCACAGCGGCUGGAUCCGUUUCCGUAUCCUCCGCGUGGGCCUGAAGAUCAAGGAGGUGGAGGCGGACGACACGGGUACCUACAUCUGUAAAGCCACCAACGGCUUUGGUAGCGUUAACAUCAACUACACCCUCAUCGUCAUCGAUGACUCAGGUUCUGAUAAAUCUGCACCCGGGGCAGCUGGCGGAGCAGAGUCUGACCUGGGCACUGAUGGCUUGUCAGAAAAAUUUGUGCGUCCCUGCUUCACUCAGCCUGCUAAGAUGAGAAAUAGGGUGAUAGCUCGUCCUGAGGGCAGCUCACUGCGGCUCAAGUGCAUGGCCAGUGGAAAUCCUCGACCGGACAUCGUGUGGCUGAAGGAUGACAGGCCGCUGACGGAGCAGGAGGUCGGCGAGGGCCGGCAGAAGAAGUGGACUUUGAGUCUCAGGAACCUGACGCCCGAGCAGAGCGGCAGAUACACCUGCAGGGUCUCCAAUCGGGCCGGGGAAAUCAACGCGACGUAUAAGGUCGAUGUCGUACAGAGGUCAAACUGCAAGCCUGUUUUGACGGGCACUCAUCCGGUCAACACAACGGUGGACUAUGGAGGCACCACGUCGUUCCAGUGCAAAGUGAGGAGCGACGUUAAGCCGGUCAUUCAGUGGCUCAAACGCGUGGAGACAAACGAGGAGAGCCGCUACAACUCCACCAUCGAGGUGGGAGACCACCGCUUCGUGGUGCUGCCCACGGGGGAGGUGUGGUCACGACCCGAUGGCUCCUACCUCAACAAGCUGCUCAUUACCCGCGCCAAGGAGGAGGACGCCGGCAUGUACAUCUGCUUAGGCGCCAACACCAUGGGCUACAGCUUCCGCAGCGCCUUCCUCACUGUGCUGCCAGACACGAAGCCUCCCAUCACGCCCAUUUUCUCACCAGCCUCCAACUCCCUCCCCUGGCCUGUCAUCAUUGGGAUCCCAGCUGGAAUAGUGUUCAUCUUUGGCACCGUGCUCCUGUGGUUCUGCCAGAGCAGAAAACACUGCCCCCCUCCCAGCCCUCCAGCUGCGGCCGCACAGGUACUGCACGGCUCCCACCGGCUGCCCUACCGAGAGCGGGACAGGGGCUACGCGGCUCCGUCGUCCAGCUCCUCCAGCCCGGAGAAAGACUGCAUGAGCUCCAUGAACUAUGAGGAGUACCUGGCACAGCAGCAGCUCCUCCUCGCCCAGGGAGGCCCAACGAUCCCCCCUAAAAUCUACCCGAAAAUUUACACUGACAUUCACACGCACACUCACUCGCACGUGGAUGGAAAAGUACAUCAGCAUCAACACAUUCAUUUUCAGUGUUAGCUUCGGUGCCAAACAUCUCCAGACUGCUCCAGUAUCUCCGUGGGGACAAUGAGCUGUGGACUGAACAGCCACAUUCACCUGGCAUUAAAAAAUAAAAAACUGGAGAUGACUGGGAAGAGUGGGAAAAACAGUGGCCAGUGAUACACAUCCAAACUUCCAUAUUUGGUGCUUAUUUUUAUACCUGUCAGAUCCUCACACCACUAAAAGAAAAAUCCAUGAAUCCUUGUUGUGCACUUAAUACAAAAAAAAGGACUUUUGUUUUUUGCAGCAUGUGAGUUUAAACGCAGCUGAAAGGUCUUCCUCAGCAGCUGAAUUUGGCAUUUUCCUACUUGAGGUGUAGCAGAAAAUGGAGGUUGGGUUUUACCUUUCACUUAUUCAGCUGUUGGAGUGCUGAGGCUCCGUGUGUUCUGCCUGGAAACGAAGAUGAAAAAUGGUACUCAAGAUUUACAAAGGGGCCGCUUUUUUAUGCUCCUACUCAGGUAGUCCUUUUGUUGUUAAAGAUGCAUAAUGUUUAAAAUGCUGACCACUAUCUUUUAUGUUACCUUUCUCCAUCCCUCACUUUUGUCCUCUGUUAUCAGUGAUAUAGAGUAGGCUGGGAAGUUUUUUUAAGCCUUCGUCAUGGCAUGCAAACCUUGCCUGAGACUGCAAGGGAUGGCAGAAGUGUGUGUUCCAUGUUAACUGAAUUGGUCUUCGUUAUAUUUCUAGUUAGGUUCCCAUCAUCCAGUCGGUAGCAUGUUUUCGGUAAACCAGCAGAGGAUAACCUUCUCCAACCACAGUUUAUGAAGCUGUAGUCAUUUUAUAAUCAAGUUGAGUCACGAUUAUUUAAUUUAUUUUGCUAAAAAAAUGUAUCAAAAGUUUUAUUUUUCAGAGUAAGGCGUUUUACAUAUCUAUGUAAUGUUAUUAAAGUAUACUGUUGUUGUUGUGUAUAGUACAUUUUCAGUACUUCGUCACCCAGUUUAAUCACAUUUAGUUCAUGCCAAUAUGUAGGUAUUUCUGUAUGUAAUUUGGUUAUAUUUGACAAUCUUGUAUGAUGUACUCUGUUCAAGGCUCAAAAACUAAAUCAUCUAAAGUGUGAUGGUUUGGUAGUUUGAUUAAAUGACCUUAAACAAAAUUCAGUAUACAUGAAGAUUUAACCAUUUGUUCUACCAAUGAAUAUUCUUCAAAACGUUAACGAAGGCGUAAAAAAGUAAGAUUGUUGUCCUCCAUGAUAGCAAUUCCCUG